CCACAGUUCAUGAUCUGGCUGUGUACAGGGUCGGUUGAAGCGGAUGGGGUCAGAUGCGGGCUGCACGUUGACAGCUGGAUCAUAAGGAAACACAUCGCAGGCAGACUGAAGCUGCCAGACGCGUCUAUAUUAUGUUUAAUAAAGGUAAAGGGACCGCGGUGCCGUCGGACGGGCAAGCACGGGAAAAGUUGGCAUUAUAUGUUUAUGAGUAUUUGCUACACGUGGGAGCGCAAAAGUCCGCACAGACGUUUUUAUCAGAGAUAAGAUGGGAGAAGAACAUAACCCUUGGGGAACCACCAGGUUUUCUGCACUCAUGGUGGUGCGUGUUUUGGGACCUGUACUGCGCAGCACCUGAGAGGAGGGAGACAUGUGAUCACUCAAGUGAAGCAAAGGCCUUUCAUGACUACAGUGCGGCUGCUGCACCGAGUCCUGUCCUAGGCAACAUGACCCCUGGAGAUGGCAUGCCAGGCGGCCCCAUGCCCCCCGGAUUCUUCCAGGGACCACCUGGUUCCCAGCCCUCCCCUCACGCUCAGCUACCUCCUAACUCUAACAUGAUGGGCCCACAUGGACAGCCCUUUAUGUCCCCACGCUAUGCCGGAGGGCCACGGCCACCCAUCAGAAUGGGAAACCCGCCUCCAGGUGGGCAGCCUUUACCCCCAAAUAUGAUGGACGCUGCACGACCAACAGGCCAUCCCAAUCUGGUACCCAUGCAGAGAAUGAAUGCUCCUCGAGGAAUGGGCCCUAUGGGACCAGGACCACAGUCUGAUCCGUGGUUAUCAUUACAGAACUAUGGCGGAGGAAUGAGGCCUCCCAACUCCAUGGGCCCUGGAAUGCCAGGUGUAAACAUGGGAGCAGGAGGUGGCAGACCGUGGCCUAAUCCUAGUAAUGGAAACACAAUGCCAUACAGUUCCUCAUCCCCAGGAAACUAUGUGGGUCCUCAAGGGGGAGCAGGAGGAGGCUGUCCUCCAGGAACACCCAUCAUGCCCAGUCCAGCAGACUCCACUAACUCUGGUGAAAAUCUCUACACAUUGAUAAACUCAGUACCUGGAGGAAACCGAUCUAGUUUUUCUUUGGGCCCAGGGUCAGAUGGUCCAAUGGGAGCACUGGAGCCUCAUCACAUGAACGGCUCAUUAGGUUCAGGAGACAUAGACGGACUCCCAAAGAAUUCCCCUAAUAAUCUAAGUGGUAUGAGUAACACACCAGGAACUCCACGAGAUGACAGUGACCUGGGAGGAAGCUUUCUUCACUCUUUCCAAAAUGAAAAUUACUCGCCAACAAUGACAAUGAGUGUGUGAUGGAAAACUGUGCAUCAGUUUACAAAUACAGGUGUCACUAAGACUAGGGACCAACCCCACUACCAUGAACCAGAGAGAGGUCUAAGUUUAGUCUCGCACAUCACUGAGAACCAAUCUUAAACCAGCUCUGGUCAAGGUGAAUGCUCCUCAUUUCAACACGACCGAAAAGGACUGCAGGAUGGGUUUAUACAAGAAGAACCAGUUUGAGAUGGGAGCCCCACUUUGAAGAGUAAUUUGAGUUCAUAUUUUUGUAUUUUGUAGUUUAAAAAAAACAGACUUAAGAAGCCCACACAGGAUGUGACCAGAGAAGAUAAAUUGUCCUUUGUUUUAAAUGAGAGUGGAUCUGAAACAGAGGGGACUGUGAUAACAUCUACACUGUGGAUUUAUAGCAAACUAUAUAAAUGGCUUUUAAAGUGAAGAGGAACCAUUCUGUGUAACAUUCCUUUGACGACGUGGGAAUUUCUAGUCUCCAAUCUCUACUUACAUUUUGAAACAGCCUUAGCACAAGUCAUACUGAAAUGGCUUCCUCAAAAGCGUCACAUCCACAAUGAGUACAAGACCAAUGGCUUUGACUAUAGUUGAUUUCAAGAUAUGGACCAAUGAGACUGUGAGGAUGGUGAAAAGAACAACUGCCCUUUUUCCUCAUUACAUACUCGGAAAGAUAAUGGACAAUGAGCUUGUUUGAUUUAUUUUAUGUCUUCUUGGUUGUUUUAAAAAUGAAAUUUACUGCUCAAGCCUUUUUUCAAGCAUUUCCAUGCAUUGUAUUCAGGUCUGAGACCUUAUACCAGUUACCUGAAGUCAGAAAUCUACAGCAUUUUUCACUUUUCCAAAUCUCAGUUCCAAAUUAUUUUGCGAGGGUUCAAAAACUAUUUGACUCAAGGUUAAGCCUACCUGAGAUCCUUCUUGGGCAAUUGAUGGCAUUUUCUAAGUAGAGAGACGUCACCAGACAACAGUACAGAUUUCAGAUCUCUGAAGCAAGGGAAAUUGAGUAUAACCAAAAUAAAUAAAGGGAUAGGUUCACUAUAUUUACAUAGAUUGGAGUAGCUAUCGGAUAAACUGUAUACUGGUUGACUGUUGUUUGUUGCAAAGGUUAUCUUUCCUGUUCCCCAUCCUGCCUUUGCUCCGAUUCACAUUACUCUGGAAAUUUGCAUGUUUUUUCAUUGCCAUAGUUUUAACUUCCUGUUUUUUACUUUUACUGUUCGCUUUUAGAUGUGCCACACAGACCUUAUUUUAAUUUAUAUGUGUUUUUUUUAUGUUUUUUCCAUGUGUUAGUCUGUCACUUUGCUGUACAGCCACACUUGACCUGUUACACAUGUACUGUGUUGUUUAGCCUUUAAAGUGUAUAUUAUGUUCUUCAGGAGAAUAGUAAAAGGAAUGACUCGUGUAAUUUUUAUGAUUAAAUUAUUUUUCUGUUCAUACCAAACUAUUGUAAAAUAUUUCCUUAUGCCUUCUGCAAAUAAAUGCAUAUAAAACAUGUU